GUAUCAGAUAUACCAUCGAUGAGUGUGCCGAAUCUUUAGAAUUUCUGAACAAUAAUUACGAUUUUAACGACUCCGACUUAUAUGAUUAUACUGAUUUAGAUGAGAAUGAGAAUUAUUUUAGACAAAGUUUUUUGAAUUCAUUCUU